CAAAAGUUCAAGGUUUGGGAAAACGUCAAAAUUUAUUCAGUCGUUUUAAAUUUUCUUUUGAGAAUUAAAGUUUAAUAGCUCAUGGGCUCAAAACGUCGAAAAAAUGAAAACAUUCUGAACAAAUGUGUAUUGAGACAGGUGACAUAAAAUCACUUUUUGUAUUUUUAAUAGUUUUUACAUCUACAGUAUUCAUAUAUAAUCAUAUAAAGUUUAUUUAAAGCUCUUAAAAUUGUACAACAGCAGGUUCCCACUAGAAUUUUGAGUAGGAGGCGUUUUAAAGGAAAUAUAUGGUGCUGAAGGUACCACUCACCAAAGUGGAGAGGGGGGUGUCUCCCUGUGAGAUUUUGAAAAUUAGACCCACAUCACCACAAUGACUCUAUGACCACAUGUAAAAAUAUUAUGUUACACCAUAGGCAGCCCAAAACUGUGUGUAGAAUGCACAAAAUGCUUCCAAAUGUCAAUUUAUAUUAAGCUCGCCCCAUUCCUCUAUCAUUUGUCGCGUGCCGCAAGCACUCAUAUGAACAAUGCUUUUCAUUGAGUGCUUGUGGCGCAUGAUAAAUGACAGAGGAAUGGGGCAAGCUUAAUAUAAAUUGACAUGAUUGACAUUUGGAAGCAUUUGAUGCAUUCUACAUGCAGUUUUGGCUGCCUAUGGUUGCACGCGUAAAAAUUGAGAAAAUCAACAACUUGUUCCAGGUUGAUAUCAACAGGCGUGAACAAGGUUGUGCGGCCCACCAUGAACAGUAUUGUCAACAUGUUGUUGCAGCAUUGUUCAACUGUAACAAAGUUCUUGGAACAACAUGGUUGACAACUUGUUCAUAGUUGGCCGCACAACAUUGUUCCCGCCUGUCGAUAUCAACUUGGAACAACCUGUGCGUUUUUAGCCGUGUAGGCCACAUAAAAAAACGAAGUGGCUAUUUGUACUGGAACAGCAUGCCGAGUUUGAUUUGCUAUUCGUACUGCAGUCGGAAUAUUUAAGAUAAACAGAUCCCAAACCAGUGAUGUUUUCCAGGGGGAACGCGGGGGAACGCCGUCCCCCCCACCUUUUUUUACCAGGGGAACGGCGUCCCCCUUGCCAAAAUCAAACAUGGGGGAACACCGUUCCCCCUGGCAGGGAUUAAAUAUUAGCGAAGUUCAGUGAACGCCGUUCGACACCGUCCAAAUAAUUUUGGCUAUCACUUGUUUUACAUACGUGUUAUUUGCCGAAAUUUCUAGCAGACUAGUACAAAAUAAUAGUCUAGAGUCUUAUGAUUGACGUCCACUUAGACAAUUCACAAUCAAUUGUCAUCAGCACGGAGAUAACGUCAGGCAGCAGCCCAGCAGGAUAUAAUUUGGAUUACCUUAUGCAUGGAGUUAGCAGAACAUGAUACCUGAAAAACACGUAGCUUGCGCGCGGUAGAUGUCAAAAAGCAAAUAAAACCACGUUAACUUUCCAAUUUCGAUGAUGCAUUAGUGCUAUGUGAGUCAACCAACUCGGCAAAUAGGCAACUUUGCAAGUUAAAUAUGACGUUUUCACGAGUAACUAAAUAAGCUUGGAUAAUAGAUAUCCUUGAAUCUUUCCCAUUCAUGUUAAUGUUCGUAUUGAAUCAUUUUAUGUUCCCAUUGAUGAUUUUAAUAUUUAAUUUCGCGAUUGCGUGAAAAACUAUACUAAUUUAUAAAAAUCAAGCCUAAGCCAGAAAUUGUAAAAUGGGUUGUUGACCAUUGUAGUUAAUAAGAGAUAUGAUUUCUAAAAGAUCUAAAAUCAUUGAAUUCUUUACUGAAAAAUGUGUGGAAGACUCAAUUUCAGAAGUUGAAACUGGCUUCGUAGCCAUCCGUUAACCGUCAUCCACAGCAAUGUGACAUAUUUUGACAAGCUUGCCUAUUAGACUAAAGUCACUAAAUCCCCGCUUGUUUAAUUUCAUGGCCAAUGGCCACGCCCAAUCGAAUGACCACGCCCAUUUGAUUUUCAAGAGCGUCCCCCCUCUUCUAAAAUUAGCAAAACAUCGCUGCCCCAAACCCUUCUCUAACCUUAACCAAUAAAUGUCUAAUAAACUAUUUGAGAGUUAAAAAAGUCGGGAAAAAAUUUUUUUUAAUACUUCAAGAAAAAUUUCUAAGUCAAACAGAAAACCGACAGCUAAAACUAAACCGAACCCGACCUUGUUUCGCUUUGCACACAGGCAACGCCUUUGCAAGCUCACUGAAAGCUGUUGCAAAAAACUAUUUUAUAGUACUAGUUUACGAAAUGUAAGAAUCAGGUGCCACACUCCAGUACGAAUAGCAACUUCGUAAAAAAAAAUAGUUGGUUAGCAUCCUCGCCUAGCCUCCUCCGCAGGCAUCUCACCCGACGAAUCGGCAAAACCCAUUCGCAGGCUAGAACCCAUAGAGAGGCCUGCGGAGGAGGCUAAUCCUCGCCCACCCACAAAUUUUUUUAUUUUUUAAUUUUAUUUAAAAAAAACAACAACUUUUAUUGAUCAACGGGCUCUAAUAUAUGUAGUAUGUCUGUAGUCAAUUGUGUUAAUAAAUUUAAAUGUGCAAGUUAUUAACUUCCAAUAUAGUAAAUCUUUAAAUAAAAUACUGUAUCUGCAAAAAUGAUGGUAUGAAUCAUAUUUUGAAGUAUAUAAAAAAUGUACUGUGCAAGAAAAUACAGUUUCGGACCUAAAACUAAGGCAUUAAAAAUUAGUAUAAAUUUAAAAAACCCGCCCACUUUUUGGCAAAAGCUAAGGACGCUAACCAACUAUUUUUUUAUGUGGCCUUAUAGAAGGCAACCUUUCCCUUCGUAUUUUUUUGAAAUAUUUUGGAUUGUAAUUUCAGGAAAUAACCUGAAAAAUCACCAGGUGCCGGCUUCCCAGUGUGGAAAGUUUGUAUUGUGCAACCAAGAUAUUGGGCAUGCCACUAUUUUGAUGCUUUCUUAGUUAUAUAUUUACUAUUAAAUUUUUAAAUCUCGGGUGUGCAAUUUUUUCUUGCUUCUACUGGCAAUCCUGACAGCAGCUUUGUAGAAAGUUGCAUUAUUUACUAUAAAUAUUUUUUUAUUGAUUUCUCUAACUCAAUUUUGAAUAUACACAUUCAUUCAAUUGUUUUGCUGUUGCAAACCUUAACCUUAAGUGAGUGUGAUGGCAUUUGCAACAGUAUUGUGGCAUUGCCAAAUGCUGUAAGAACUUUUCUAAUUUCCAGCACUGAACAUUAUGACUCAACUGUUGAAUAGAAAUUCUGUUGUAAUUACAUGUGUGUAAUUACAUAUAGUACAACUGAUCUUGAAAAGAUAGUUGGAUGAACCAUGCUAGCCUGCUUCCAAUGAUAAAUACUGCUGUGUACUUCGGCUGGAGUUCUAGCAUUUUUGGUCAACUGGAGUUGCAAUGCUUUUUCCAUGCAGCUCCGGCUGGAAAGUCAAUGACAAGAAAUGUGACAAUUUUGUAGAAUUAUAGUGUUGGUUACAAAUAAUGGAGACAUUGAAUUUGCUGAAAGUGUACUGUACAUAUAAUCUGAAGUCAAUUAUCUGUCAAUUUAUCAAGCAUUGCAAAAAGUACUGUAGAUAAUUACUUCUGAUAUUGCCAAUGAUUGCACUAAAUAUUUCAGUAUUGCAACAUACAUGUGAGGGGUUGUUCCUAAUUAAGACAGCUGGCUCACCAUUGUGGUGAUCCUGUCUCACAUGUUGUUCUAAUGUAUUCACAUACAAGUCAGGCUAACAUACUGUACAUAGCUUGUUUGCAGGAUGCUGGGGGUGCCUUCCAUUUAAACGGCAAACUGGUCAAGUUUUUGUUCCAAAAUGUAAAUAAUUGUGCAUGUUAUAGAAACUUUCUUUGCUAUUUGUACAUGUAUAAAUGAAAUAAAACUUAAAGUUUCUGCUUUAAUUAUUUCAAUUUUAUAGCUUUAAGUUACGUUUACACGCUGCAAUUUAUCGUGUACGAUUCGUUUUCUGGCGUAUGUCAUUGAGUAAACACGCGAAAGCUGGCUACAUUUUAAAUUUCUUUUUAACGAAACGGCAAUGAAUUAUGGCGCCAGCACUAAUUUUAAUACGACAGAAUACGUACCCAACAAGCCGCAGCUUUAGGUAUAGUGUGUAAUGAAAAUUAUAGUUCAAUAGUUUUUAUUGUAGGUUCAUGGAGGUACUUUCAAUGCUCAGUUUCCUCGUUCAUGCCUACAACCAAACCUGGAUCUUACUCGUCUCUGUAUUCCAUUGUGUGACAUCCAGAAAGAUAAUUCCUUUGCAGUGGGGUAAUAAAUAUAUAACUUUUAUUAAUACAAACCAUAAAUACUCUAAUUAACCCACUCUUUCCUCUCUCUCUCUUUCUUUUUCUCCUCUAAUGAGACUUCUUCCCUUUUUUCCCCAAAACACAACAAAAAUACAUAUCAGUCUGAUUAGAACAGUUUAUGCUCAUGCAGGCAGGUUGCAUGGCGGCCCGGGACAAAACAUUCCAAGGGGGCCAUUAUGAUGUCAAUUGUAAAAGGGGAGAAGUGAUGUUUUAUAAUUUAUACGCCGAAGGCGUGAUGAUUAUCGGUGAAAAUAAAAAAUAAAAAUUUCUUCGUCAUUUAAUUGACAAAAUGGUUUCGGUCGCCAUUUCGAAAAUCGCUUAGCUGAUUAUCGCGUUUUAGUAUUUUUGCACAAGUGAAUAUAACAAAUUCUACAACCUGAUUGAUCAAAUUUGACGUAAUACUGGUGAAUAUAACAAAACCGAAAUUUGCAAAAUGGCGGCUACCCGUUUUGUGGAAGUUUACUGAUAAAGAAAUAAGAGAAAUUAAAAUAAAUUCAGUCUCAAAAAACACAAAAGAUUUGUGUAAAAAUACUAAAACAAUUAUUCGCCUCAGGCUCGGUGAUUAUCGGGGAAUAUUCACCUCGACUUCCCCGAUAAUCACCUCGCUUUCGGCGAAUAAUUGUUAAAUAAUCACGUCAACGGCAACCAAUCAGCGUGGAGAAUUUUCAGUAAUCACCUAUAUAUAAUUAUACUAAUAGUCAUACAUAUUAUCCGACACUAACGCAACUCAAGGAUUUAUUUCUCAGUUAUAAGCAAUCUUGAAGCAAGAAAUUUAAAGGGCCUUCGUUGCUUUUGGGGCCCCUAUUAAGCUGAGGUCCCAGGGCAAAGUGCCCCCUGCCUAAAAUAAAUUAACUAAAGACGUAAUUAGCUAAAGACGUAAGGUAAUCUCAUAGUAAUGGAUAUUUAUGUCUAGUAAAUCUAGUUUAUACUGCACAUCAAUUGUUUUUAAUCAGUUAUCCACAAUUGAAUUUCCAGCUAACGUUAUUUUUUCAUUCACUCAGACAUGUAUUGCUUGGUUUCACCAAAUGUGGGGAAUAUUUAAUGUCUUACUACAAAGAAUUGCAAGAUGAUGUUUCAUUUGGCUUACCAAUGUAUAAAUAUACAUUACAUUGGUGGAAGUUUAAUCUGAGGAGACCAUUACAGCAGGUACAAAAAUAGAGAAUAACUUAUGAUUGACUGGCAGAGUAUAAUGUGAAUAUCUCCUUUUCAUCGUAGGUUUGCCAUGUAUUGUUAUUUGUUGGUGAAGUCAUUACUGAAGAUCUUUUAUUAAUUGUCUGUCAUACAUUGAACGACAAUAGAAUUCUUGUCCAUGGUUAUGCGUAA